CGGCUCACAUGAGCAGCCUCGUGCUGUUCAUUUGGUUCAUGACGUCCACUUCAGACCUUCUACAUUUGAGAAAAUAUCCCGGAUUCAGCUUUAGUUUUAUUAUUGUUUGCAUAUGAUCUAAUACUGCAUCAUGUGUGCGCGUAUUUGCAUUUCUUCGCUCUGUAAUCCCCGCCUUCUCUCCUACAUAGUUUUAGCUGACUGUAGCAGCUCAACCCGUUGGUCCAGUUUGUGGUUGUUUUAAAGCUGACCUCCGUGUGUGAACCGGAAGAGUGUAUAAAUCAGAGUAGCCAUGUCUGCCCUUAUCCUGUUCGUCGGAGUUCUCGCAGGAGUUUUUAUUUUAAUUCGGAAAUUUGUUGCAGGAAAGAGAUGUAAGAGCAAGGUACAGCUGCACGGCAAAACGGUCAUCAUUACCGGCAGUAACACAGGAAUCGGAAGAGAAACAGCUGUAGAUUUGGCCCGGAGGGGAGCUCGUGUUAUUCUGGCCUGCCGCAGUGUAGUACGUGCUGAAGUGGCUCUGGCUCUCGUCAAAAGGGAGAGCGGAAGCAAUAACGUGGUGUUCAUGCAGCUGGAUCUGGCCAGUCAGAAGUCUAUUCGCUCUUUUGCUGAAACUUUCCUCAAAACAGAGAAAAGGCUGGACAUUCUUAUCAACAAUGCAGGGGUUUAUAUGCAGGGCACUACAGAGGAUGGUCUUGGGUUGAUGUUUGGAGUCAAUCAUAUCGGUCACUUCCUCCUGACCAAUCUCUUACUGGACAGACUCAAAGAGUGCGGGCCAAGCAGAGUUGUUACUGUAUCCUCCAUGUGUCAUGACUUUGGGAACCUUGACUUUAACCUCCUUAGUGCUCACAAGGAAUUUGGAAAAGGCAACUAUCACAUGGAUGUCUUUAGAAUAUAUAGCAACAGUAAACUGUGCAAUGUGCUGUUCACACACGAGCUUGCAAAGAGGCUUCAAGGAACUCAGGUCACCUGCUACAGCCUCCACCCAGGUGCUAUCAAUUCCGAGUUGACUCGCAAUAUGCAGCCAGGGUUCAAGAAGUUGUUGAAAUUCAUAGGAGCCCUGUUCUUCAAAGAUGUGGAGUCAGGAGCCCAGACUACUCUAUACUGUGCACUCCAGGAGGGCAUUGAAGGCCUGAGUGGCCGAUAUUUCUCCAACUGUGGAGUAAAGAAAGUUCGGGCCAUGGCUCAGGAUGACGCAGUGGCUAAGAAGCUCUGGGAAGUGAGCGAGACGUUUUGCGGCCUGGCCUGAGAUAAACUCUGUACCUUAUAGCCAAAUAGAUUUGUGCUCUAAUCAUUCAGACUUUCAUAAAUUCUGUGUGGAGUGUGUUAUCCAAGAAACGAAGCUGUGAGAUUAUCAUAUUUUGGGGAUGUCCUGAAUUUUUUUUGUGUGUGUACAUGGAUAAAAAGAUCAGCACAUUUGACCAGCUUAUUAAAAAAAAAAAAAAAAACCAUGGUGCAUGCUUAAGCUGUCUCUUACUUCUAAUAAUAUAUCCACAUGACAAUGAGCAGUUGCCAGAUGAAAUUCCUACACUCAUGAGGCAGCAAAUUACCUCCAUGUGUGCAAUCCCAUGACAAAGGUUGUAUUUGCCAAGUAUGACUUUAAUUUUAAAGCAAGGCUUAAUUUGAAUUGCUUUAGCUAAAUACAUUUUUAGCUAGUUUAUUUUAUUAUUUUUUUUUAAAUGUUUUGCACGUGACAGGCUAGGGCAUCGAGCAAGUGAAUUUUUAUAGUUGAUCAGAGCACACAUUUUGAGUCUGCUGGUUAAUGGUGUCAAACCCAUCAAUGCUAUCCUUUGGACUAAUGUAUGAGUAAUUUAUGGAUAGUAUUUAUAGACAGAACUCAAUGACUUGUGAUUAUUUAUGUAAAUAUUAUAUGGGAAGCAAAACAACUGUUUUGCAUCCCAUAUAAUAUUUACAUAAAUAAUCUAAUAAACAUCUAAUAACUGUUUUUUCUAACUUGCACUGACAAGUUAGAAAAAAAUGAAUUUAGCUUUGAGUGAAAAUUAGUGAUUUACAUGCACUGAAGGCACAUGUUCAGUUCUGCUUCAAGCAACAUAUACAAGAAUUACAUGUACAUGUAGAAUUAAACCUUCUCUGUAUUUGCACUUAAUACAGUGUCCACAAGAACAAGCCAGUGGCCACUCAGCACUACCCAUGUUCUUAUCAUUGCCUUUGAUCAGUUAGGAUUUUCGGGACCAUGUUCAAUAAACUUUUUUUUACGUAA